GUCUCUCAACCUAACCUGCUUUUUAGCUGUAGCCUGGCGGCUAUUUGACAGUUAGGCCUGUCAAUCAUCCACAGAGCCCGCCCCCUAACGGCAGCAGGUUUCUGCUGUGUCACCCACAAACUGGACGCUCUGGACAAUUUUACACAUCAAAAUUUCCUCACUGCCCCACAAUGGCCUCCUCUUCAUCAUCAGUUGGAGAUAAUCAACUGCAGAGGAUAAUCAGAGAUCUGCACGAUGCUGUGUUAGAGUUGAGUAAAGAACAUAAGGAAUGUGGUGAACCCAUAACUGAUGACAGCGCCAACCUGCACAAGUUCUUCUAUAAACUAGAAUACCUGCUACAGUUUGACCAGAAAGAGAAGACAACCUUUCUUGGUCAGAGGAAAGACUACUGGGAUUACUUCUGCGAGUGCCUGAUUAAGAUCAAGGGAGCUAACGAUGGCAUCCGUUUUGUUAAGUCCAUCCCUGAGUUGAAAACAUCACUGGGCAAAGGAAGGGCCUUCAUUCGCUACUCGCUUGUUCACCAGCGUCUUGCUGACACACUGCAGCAGUGUCUUAUAAACCAGAAGGUCACAAGUGACUGGUAUUAUGCCCGGAGUCCCUUUCUCAAGUCCCACCUCACUGCUGACAUAAUCAACCAUCUUUAUGAGCUCAACCAGAUCCAGUUUGAUGUGGCAGCCAGAGGUUAUGACCUUGAUGCGGAUUGGCCAAACUUUGCGAGACGAACAUUAGGCACUGCCUCAUCAGCUUUCCUGUGGAAGCCUCCCAGUCGCAGCUCGAGCAUCAACAGUCUUGUUAGCGGCUACUCACACUCACAGGCACAGGAGUUUCUCCCAGCCCCAGACUUGAGCCACAGUCUCCUUGGUGAACUGGGGGAACUGGGGGAACCUUCUUGCAGUAUUGCAGAGAACCUCCGCAUUGAGCUCGACCAGUCUGAGCUCAGACAGCAAGAGCUUCUAUUACAGGUUCAGGAGUUAGGCAAAGAGGCUGCUGAGCUGAGAAGUGUGGUUAAAGACCUUCAAGGCCAGCUAUCAGCAGCUCAGACGUCCUCUGGCCACUUACUGUCUGUAGCAGUCCAAAGAAACCAAGAAACGGAUAAUCAAGAGAGAACAAAUCAGCUUCAGACCUGUAGGGAAGCAGUAAACAGUGAACUUCAAGACAGACUCACAGCUGCUGAGAACAAAAAUAUGGAGCUUCUGUCUAAGCUGGACAAGGCUCUUAAAGAAAAAGGACAACAAACUGCUGACUACUGCGACUCAGCCUGGAAAAUCCAGGAACUCCUGGAUAAACUGAAGACAGCAGAGGAGGAGAGGUUGGAGGCAAAGAGAGAGGCUGAGGAUAGGGCCAGGCACUCUGAGCGUCUGUCCCAGGAACUAAAACUCAGGGAAGAAGAGUUGAGGAACAGUGAGGAGAAACUGGCUGAAGUCAAAGCUGGUGCCCACGUGGAACGUGAGGAUGCACUCAGGCGGCUGGAGGAGCUCCAAAGUGCAGUCAGUCGAAUUCAGGGGGCGCUCACUUUGAAAGAGAAGGAGACGGGGAACUUGAGAGCCCAGCUUCAGGAUCUACAAGCGUCACUGGAGUGCAGAGAACGGCAAGCAGAGGAGUUGAGGAAAAGACUGCAGGAGGAGAGGGAAGAGGAAGAGCAGAGAAGUAGCAUGAGCUGUAGCCAGAAUGAGGAACUCGAGCGUUGCCUCCUGGACGUUAGAAAAACUCUAAAAAACAGAGAGAAAGAGCUAGCCAUUAGUUCUGAGAGAAUCAAGCAUUUAGAGGAGCAGGUGGAGAAGCUUAAUAUUGAGAAAGAAAGUCUGAGCUCUAGACUUGCUGAUAAUGAAGAUGUUUCCUGUGAUCAAACCGAGAACCUUGAGGACUACAAAACUCAAUGCAGCAAUCUCAUGGAAUUAAACUCUAAGCUAAUCCAAACAGUCAAGGAGAGUGAGGGGAGUAUUACAGAGCUGACUGAGAGCAGGGAAGCCUUGUUAGACCAGCUAACGUCAUUGAGGGCCUCUGAGAAGCACCUAAAGGGCAGAUUAGAGUCUGCAAAGAUGUGUGUGGAAGAUCGGGAGAAGAAGCUUCUGGAUGAAAACCUGCAUUUGGAGAAGAUUCUCCAGAAGACGCUUGUCCAGAAGGAAGUAUUGGAUUCUCAGUUAAAGAAGCUGCAGCAUGAAAAUACUGAGCUUCUUGAGGUUCAGUCCAAGUUGAAGACACAAAUAGCCACAGCUCAGCAGGAACUGGACUCACUCACUGCCAAAACUGCAAUGUUGGACAAGAACCUCACAGUGUCCCAAAGAAGCCAAGCAGAAUUACUUGAAAAACUCCAGGAAACUGAGGCUAAACUGAGAGACAAGACUGUUAAAUGUGGACUUCUGCAAGCUAGAGCAGAGGAGCUGGAGAGCAGGACAGGGGAGCUGCAUGAUGAAAAAGGAGCUGCAGAGAGCAAUGAAAAAAUGCAAAAGCUUCAUGACGAGCGAGAGACAUCCUCAGUGGAAACCAAAGAGGCCCCGUUCAGGCUAGUUAUAGCCGAGGCUCAACUAGAACUCAACCUAAGGGAGGUGCACCGACUCCAGGAAGAGGUCGUGGAGCUCAGGGCUCAGCUUCUAGCAGGAACUGAGGAGAGGAUGAAAGUUCAGGCACUGCAGGAGGUGACAGAGUCAUCCAGAGAAGACCUCCGUGUGUUAGCAGAGCAACUGAAAGCACAGGUGGAGGAGCUGAACCGCAGACACGUGGACGAGAUUCUCAGAUCCCGGGAGCGAGAGGAGGCUCUUAUCCGGGAGCGUGACGGUGAGGCUCAGGCUCGAGCAGGUCUGGCUGCAGAAGUGACGGCCUCCAGAGAGGAACUCAAUAAACUGAAGCUGCGUUACGAAGCGUUGUGUUUGGAGAACAGUGAGUCCAGGGAGGCCCUUCAUAGAGCCAACACUGAAACGGCUGAACUCGGUGUACAUGUGUGUAUGCUAACUGCUGAGAAUGAAGAGGCUCGCCUCCGCUGGGAGGGCCUGUCGACAAGGUUGCAAGAGCUGGAGGAAGAGGCAUCUCGGGAGGCAGAGAGGCUGAAUACCUGCAUAGAGCGGCUUCGUCAGGAGAACAGCCGACUGCUCGAUCAGCUCCGUGACAAAGAGGGGUCGUUGGCAACCAAGCAGGAGCUGCAGGAAGAGCUGAAAAAGGACCAGCAGGAGGCCAAAGCUGUGCAGGAGAAGAACCAGGAGGAGAUUCAGGGCCUUCGCUUCCAGCUCAGCAGCCAAGCCAUGAGCUAUGGCAACCAGCUCCAGACCAUCAAUCAGGAGUUACAGGAAGUGAAAUUACAGCUGAGGACUGAGCAUGAGAAAGCGGUCGAGUGGGAGAACAAAGUGACGCAGCUGGAGGCUGAGAAUCAGAGAUAUUGCCAACAGAUUGAGGAGAAAAACAUCCAGAUGGCCGAGACUGAAAAUCUCAUCCAGCAGAAAGAAGACGAGAUAAUCCAUCUGAAAGGGAAUUUAUCAAGGUCUGAGGAUGGUUUAGCAGCAGCUCAGCGGGCCUCUCAGGAGAUGAGUGAAAAUCUACAGAGGGUCACAAAGGACAAACAGAGCUUUGCUCUUAAAACAGCUGCUGAACUUGAUGAUCUUUACCGCACCAAAAUCAAUUUGGAGGAAAGGCUUGUAGAACUGAUCAGGGAGAAGGAUGCACUGUGGCAGAAGACCGAUGCCCUGGAGUUUGAGCAGAAACUGCGAGAUGAAGAGACGGAGAGGGAUGUCAACUACUGUCUGGGCUGCCACAGUCAGUUCAACUGGUGGCUCCGCAAGUACACCUGCAGACUGUGUGGGCGUCCCUUCUGCUACUACUGCUGCAGUAACACAGUGAGCACCCAGCAGGGCGGCAACAGGGAGCGCUGCUGCACACACUGUUACAGCCAGCACUGUGCAGUGGUUGAGCGCCACCCACAGGAAGAAGUGACGACCAGCACGCCGGGGACGCCUUUUGGUCGUUUGCUGCAAGCUGGGAGAGCUGUGAGCAGUGCUUUAGGAGCUGAUGAAGGUGCCAAGCAAGACGAUUGUGUUUUUGACAUCAUCACAGAGGAGGAGGUGAGCGGAGUGUACGACAGUGACUCCCUCUCUUUUGCCACCGCCUGCUCUCCCGGGCACAGACAGCAGGGGGCAGCACAACUAAACAGCAGCACCAGUGCAGGAGACAUGACAUCAGAAGAUACUGAAGACCUCAUUGCUGCAGUGCAGGAUGCUGAGCUCUGCCUGCUGAAGUCGGGAGAACUCACGCUCUCUGUCCCCUUCACAGUGGAGGACAUCUCAGGAUUUGGGGACAGCUCCCAUGAGCUCUUCAUCAAGUCCAGCUGUUACAGCACCAUCCCCAUCACCGUGAGCAGUCCUGGUCCUACUGUCACCUGGACGUUCACAUCUGAGCCGAAGAGCAUCUCCUUCAGUGUGGUCUACAGGGAGAGUGCAAAGACGCCACUGGAGCAGGCCAAGGUCUUGAUCCCCCUGACUCGCUGUAACUCCCACAAAGAGACCAUCCAGGGGGAACUUAAAGUCAGAAACCCCGGAGAAUACAUUCUCAUCUUUGACAACUCUUUCUCCAGGUUCAUCUCAAAGAAAGUGCUGUAUCAUCUGAGUCUAGACAAGCCUGUGGUCUGCGAUGGAACUGACCUCCUCUGAGCGCAACAGGAAGGAGGAGAAGGAGGUGUAAAAUUGACUUUCCUAACAUUUGGGGCAUUUAAGCUCUUGUGCAUGGGAGUGUACUGACGUUCAUCGAGCUCAGUGAAAGGUUAUGGCAUUUUAAAAACAUCUCUCUCAGCUGGCUGGUUGAUCACGAGGUGUUGCACGUCAGAUGAAUUCUGAUCAUGCAUAAGCUGAACAAUGGAGUAAAACAAUGUUAAACUGUUGAAUUUGAGCACGCACUACCUUUGAUUAAAGCUUGACGUUUAAAUGUAGCAUUAAGAGGAUCAAAUUUCACUCCUACUGCAGGUAACUGGUAGAUUGUUGAGUGUAUUUGAAUGUGGAGAACUUGUGUGCACAUACUGGUUUCCUACAGAUGUUUUAUUACUGCAUCCCUGCAGGUGUAAAGCUGCUUUUUUUUUGCUUCAGCCUGAGUUGUAGUUGAUAAAUCACGUUUAUUUCUCGUUAUGUGCUUCAUCUCAUAAAGUGAGACUACCAGUGGGAUUAAUGUGCUUUCUACACAGUGACAUGAGUCCAAUCUCACUAGGAGAGGGUGAUGCAGUCAAAAUGCUCUAUCACAGUGUAUUUAAUCUGUGCUAUCAUUAGAUACCAUGGUUUAACAAAGUUCACAGAAAACCAAUUGAGAAAGUGCUGAUGGAUAAAAUAACCAGCCAGAAACGUCUGUUUUUGAUUUAUCUAGUGAAACAAAUACAUGAAAAAUAAACAUUGAUGCAAAAAAAAAAAAGAAAACAAAAAAAUAUAACACUGCCAUCACGUAAAUAUAACAUUGCCAUAAAUCAUAUUGUGCUUACCGACAUAGACAACAUUAACCAUAAUGGCCUAAUACACCCAGAGAUAUUAAAGAGAGGAGCUGCACAGUAUAAAUCAUCACUCAACCCUGUUUUGCACAAACAUUACGUGAAAGAGACAAGAUAAGAAACAAGGUGUAAACUGAUGUUAACAAUAAUUUUACACUGAUAAAUUGUGUUGUUUUAGCAACCCAGUCUACUUGAACCUUAACAGAUUUUGUUUGCUAGCUGAAAUGUACCAUUAGCAAACCAUUUGAUGUGUAACUCUUUAGAUUGGUGAGUUGAUAUCAUGCUGUCGUAGGAUCACCCUUUAUUGGUUGAGAAACUAUUUGUUUUCAAGGUGAAGUUCAGAGUCACGCAGUACAUAUACUGUACAGCAUCUCCGAGACUGUUGCCUUUUCAGCUGUCGGAAAUGCACAAAAGCACAAUUCAUCUGUUGUGCUGCAGUCCCAAUGAAGUGUGACAGGAAAAAAACUGCGAUUAAGCCUCUGCAUCAUUUGGUUUUAAUUGAUCUUUGGGACACGGGCUUUUACUCAGUGCAGUUUCUGAUGAUUGCAGUUGAAGAUGGGAGGUCAGCAUUUCUAUGCAUGCAAACACUAAGAAUGUGCACAUUUCCCCAACUCGACCAUCAAAAGCAGAAAUAGGGAGCGCACAUCAAAAUGCUUCAGUGAUUUAAAUACUACAGUUUUUACUUUACGUCUGACUCGAAUUGUAACUCAUGUUUUAAUGAUUUUUUGUUAAGUUUAGUGAAGCUGUGACAUUUUUCCUUAAGAUACUGAGACUAAGACUUCAUCAUCUAAGACUUUAGAUGAAGAAAUGUUCUGUGCUUUUUUAAAAUUGUUGAUGGAGUGCUUUUUUAGAUCGAUGUUUGAAUCUCAGAGUGUGUCAGAUGGAAAAGGUUUAAAUCUCUGCGCACAGCCUUCAAAUCAUACAAGUCCAAAAAUACCUUCUUUUUUAUUUACUUCAAGUUGUCUCAUAUGGACCUUUUUAUAUGAAGGCUUUAAAGUUGAGUUCCUUUUCUCAAUCCCCGGUUGUUUUUUGAUUAUACUGGCUUUAAGAUACUGAAACACUGCUUUGCCAUUCAGAAGAGAAUUUACAAAUUCUAGAAAGUCUUCCACUGUUUGAAAAACAUUUUGUAAAUUUCAUUUUGAACAUAACAUGAGGACUCAAAUUAGAAAAAAAAUACAAGUGACAUUUUUAUACAUAAGAAUAAGAGGAGUGAUAUAUUGCCAAAUAUAUUUGAAAAAUAUAUAUUUGUCUAGUUUGUUUCUAUUGAAGACAUUGCGACAUAACAGUUGUGUAAUGCACUUUGAAAGGGCUUUUUGUCAGUCUGUAAUCCCAUGAGCCUUUGUGCCAGUUAGUGAAUGUUUUUUCUUUUUCUUUUCAUUUAUAUCUGGAGAGUGUGUGACAUAGAUGUUUACUGCUGGAUUUGUCAGAGGGAAGCUGUCGCUCUUUGAUUUAACCUGUAAAUGAUUGUUGACAAAUGUUUUACUGAAAUGUAAUUUGCAUACUAAAGAUUUACAGUAGAAUCAAUUUAAGAUUGUGGACAAAUAAAUAAGGAUUGUGUGGUAA